CCUCAUUUCUCUCUUAACUCCCUCCUUCAUAUCCUCUCUUCUUCCUUCCUUCUCUUUAUCCAUACUCUCCUACACUCUGACGUCUCCCCUUUUCCUCCCUCAUAUUCUCCUCUCGCUUUUCUUCCAUCUUUUCCUUACCUCAUUCCCCCUCAUCCACUCAUCCUUUCCCCCUUUCUGGACUCUUCAUAUCCUCCCUUCUCUCCCUUUGGCAUGUCAGAGCCUGCAGACAGAAAGAGAGAGAGAGAGAGAGAGAGAGAGAGAGAGAGAGAGAGAGAGAGAUAAAGAGAGCAGAGAGAGUGAGCAGACUGAAGCUGAGCAGUGAGCGGGUUGAGCAGCAGAAGUGCUUCAGUCCUCAAAGCUGAGGAGGAUCUCAAGUGUCACUGAGAGCAAAGAGUCUGCAGGACAAGCUGGUGGUCCCAAAAGAAGGAAGAACAAGAAAAAAAGGACAUGUCCUCCAAGCCUUGUUUUUGAGGACAACAAAUUCUGACUCAAGGAUAAUUUAUCGUCUUCCAAGAGUCUGAAGCUGCUUCGGCUCAGCUAAAAAAAAUCAGCGAAGAAGACGAAGAAGAAGAGGGGGGAAAAAAGUCUAAAUUGACUCCUCUGGGAACGAUUGGAUAUAUUGUCAUCUCUGAACUCCAGUAGAAAAGAGGAAUUAAGACCCAAAAGUACCAAAAGAACAGAAGAAAAGUAGUUUCAUUGUCAGAACGACCAAAAAAGGAUGUUGGUGUAUGUUGCAUCCACUCAGAUGCAAAGAAAAGAUGAGAUAAAAGAAGAAAAUAUAAAAUUAAAAAUAAAGUUCGAGUGACAGAAGAAAAGCACAACCAAGUUGCUGGAUUUGUUAUUUUUUCCCAGAUACAGAAAAAAGGAGACAACAGAGGACAUUUGGACAUUUUUCUGACCAACAUUUGUGUGAACUUCUCAUCUCUGGAUAAAUAAGAACCAAAAAAAAAACAGACUGAAGACAUAAUAUCAGCUUGUCAGCUGAAAAAAAUCAAGAAAAACAAUUAAUUUCAAUUUUUAGUCAGAGAUUUUAAUGAAUCAUUUUGAAAAGGAGGGAAGAAAAAAACUACAAGAGUCUAAAUUUGCUGUUUGCUGAAGACAGAUCCAAGGACCAGCCAAAAACAUCAAUGAACGCCAUAGAAACGUAGGAGUCAAAAGUGAAGGAAUAAAAAGGAUACAGAGGAAAACAGGGAGAAGAGCAAAAGUGAAAUAUAGUAGAAAAAGAAGGAUGAAAAAAGAGGACAAAGACAUUUAAAGCUGACACAGAGAAGGAAUAAUUAAGGGGUAAAGGACAAAAGGAUGAGCCAAGAGGAAAAGGAAGGGUAAAAGGACAAAUUACAUAAAAGGAAGACAGAACAAAAAGUAUUAAAAAAAGGAGGACUAAAGAAAAAAGAAUUCACUUUUAAAGGUCAAAUCAAGACAACCACACGGACCCAGGUGUGAUAAUGAGGCUCCUGGUGCUCCUCGCAGCUCCUUUCUCCAUCUUCGUCCUCCAUAUCGUAGCGGUGGCCCCGGCAGGCAGUGUGGCCCCGGGCCGUCUGGAGCGCUGGGUCCGCUCUGGCCUCCAGUCGCUGCAGUGGGACCAGCUGGACCGGUGCCUCCGCAUGUCCUCGCUCUCUGAGGCAGAGUGCAGGAGGCUCGCCCACCUGCCCCUUUCCGCUGUGGCUGUCUACGUAUCGGAGCCCCGCUCAGCUGCAGGUACCUCAGACAAAGUUCUGGCCAUCCUGCCGGACUCCUCAGGUGGCUCGAUGAGCUCCAAACCACGGGGAGGUUUCAGCGUCAGCCAGGUGCUGAAUGGAGGGGACGGUCCUCACAGACACCAGCAGCCUUUCCCCGGCUCCACAGCCCAUGAUGCUGUGCUGGUGCUGGAUCCGAGCCCUGGGGAGAACUUUGGACACCCAGUGGUCCUCUUCUAUGUGGAUGUGAAUGUGACAAAGAAGAGAUGUUCCCACCUGGAUGGCAUUUACCUGGGUGAGGAGUGUUUGACUCUUGCUUUGAAAGGUCGUUGUCAGAACCAGCUGAAGCGUCGGCAAGCCGGGCCAGAGAGGCUUAUUGGCAAUGGACAUAGUCGGCUGGCAGGUGGGGCUCUGCGUGGCAGUACCAUUACCACCAGUGGUGGGAGCCGUCUGGUGGAGCGGGCCAUUGGAGGACUCUGUGAAGUUCACUUCCUUCCGCUAGUGAUCGGAGUUGGAGACAGCAACCGAACGCAGAGACUCCGAUGUGUUGAUCAUGCAGAGUUUGCGAGGUGUCCUCAGCCGCUGCCGAUGGGCUCUCCCAGUUUGCCUGUCUCAAGCUGUGAGCUAAAUAAAAACACCAGACGCUGCCACCAGCAGCCACUGGCCACUCAUCUUUCCUGCCGACUCUACCAGACCUGUGACCACGCUGUGCUCAUCUCAGGUGGCUGGCAGCAGCAGAUGACGUUCCAGCGUCAUGUUCAGAAUCUUCAGAGGUUUUACCGAAUGCUGCAGAACAAUGGCUUCCACAAAGAUCACAUCAAGACGUUCUUCGCCAGCAGCGGACAGCUUCCUGAGGACAUAGAGGGUGUCUACUCGGCAACGGAGAAAGCAGUGAUCCGUAACCACGUGUCAUACGUCUGCAGGAAGCAGCACUGUGCCGACACGCUGGUUCUCUACCUGAACUCUCCGACACGCAACGACGGUACCAUGCUGCUGUGGGAUGCCAACCUCAACGGCAUUGCUGAUCUGAAGGAGCGAUACUCAGUCAACGAGCUCCUGGCCGACCUGGCCGGCUGCAGGGCGACUCGUGUUUUGCUGUUUGUGGAUCAGAGCUACAGCGGCGUUCUGUCCAAGAGGCUGCGAGGGUCUCAGAAACACCUCAAUGUGGUUCUGAUCCAGAGCCAGACACGGCAGAACCACAACCACCAGAGGUUGAACCCUGGCAGCUGGUCCUUCAUCAGCUCUGCCAGCUGCCUGCUGGACCACCUGGGAAAGGAUCCUGGGAUGUCUCGCCUCUUGGAGCCGUGGGCAGGCCUUUUAAAUGUGACGUUGGCCGGCGCCCCCUGCAAUGCCACGCCGCCUCUGACAGAUGGUGAGAUGCGUCGGGAGUACCAGGGCUGCCAGAACCUGCCGACCGCACUCUGGCACCAGAAACACAGGAGGACCAACUGAGAGAGAGACACUGAGACUGACUGGGAGAGAGAGAGAGAGUGAGAGUGGAAAACAAAUGAAUUAUGGACACAGACACACACACACACACACACACACACACACACACACAGACCAUAUGAGUGUUUACUUUGUACACAUGCAUAUAUACAGAUGUAUUAACUUAGGACUUUAGUUUCAGUGUGCUUGGUGGACACUGGUUGUGUGUGUGUGUGUGUGCGUGUAUGUGUUUUCUGUCCUAACUCAGACAGUCACCAUGGCGAUGACAGCUCAUCCCAAUAGGAGUGUCCUGAACACCAUGUGAACCGUGUGUGUUUGUGAGUUCAGCAGAAGGACAACCACUCGCACAGACCAUAGCUAGUUUAUGCUUGGGUCAGUUUGUGUGUGUGUGUGUGUGUGUGCGUGUGUGUGUGUGUAAACGCAACAUCUCCUGGGCACUUAAACAUUUCAGAGUCAAUCAUCGAACUCUAUUUUUAUCUUUACAACAGUUGUGCGGUCUUCGUUCUUUCCCUCUUCUCUUCAUUCUGUCCUCUGCGACACCUCCUGCCCGCUCUCCUCUCUUGAUCUCCUCCUCUAACCGCCUCUCCACUUUCUCCCCUCUCGCCUCCAUCUCAUUUUCUACCCCUUCUCCAUUUCCCUCCUUCUCUUCUUUCUUAAAUUUCUUGCCGUUUCAUUUGUUGGCAUUCAACGACUUUCUCCAACUAUCAUCUAUCAGGGUUUGAAAAAACACUCAAAUAAUUUAGUCACAGCAGAGCUGACAAAUGCUCUGAAACUUAUUUACGCACAAAUGAACUGAAUGAAAACACCACAGAUUUUUCAAAAAGCAGCACUCACAGUUUGACAAAAAUCUUAACUCAAGAUCCACUCGCUACCUUUUACCUGCACAGUUCACAGUAUAUAAUACAGGAGUAUUUUCCCUAAAAAGCAAUCAUGACUCAUGACCCACUGGAAGUGAUUUUGUUGCAUUUAUCUGCAGAGGCUCUACCCUCCGCCUGUAUUUUCUAAUUUCUUUUUUUUUUUUUUUUGCUUUGUUUGGGACGGCGUGACCAGGUGCCAGACCACAAGCAGCAUGUAUCCAAGAGAAAGCUAUGAAAAUUGUGAGACAUAGCUGAGAAAAAUUGCUAACAUAGAAACAUAGAAAGGCAAAAUACCAGUUGGAUAAAGCUCAUUCAAUGACAGUUAAUAUGGGAUCAACCUUCCCUUUCACUGGCAUUACUGUUUAAAACCAGUAGACAAUGCCUGCAUAGUUUACCUACAAAUCUUGUCAAAUCUUCAGAUCUUCAAAUCUUCUUCAUCUAAUUUUUCCAAGGUCAAGAAUAGAGUUUCACCUCAGCUUUUUGACCUAAACUAUUUGCUCUUCUCACACCAGUGCGUCAGAUGUCAAUGCAUCAUAUUUAUCAGACAGAACUAUCAUUUAUAAAAGGAAUUCCCAAAGUCAACAUUUGGGUCAUCCAUCUCAUGUCAUCUCAAUGUAGCUUAGGCCAAAAAAAAACUGAAACAAAAACAAUCAAUCAACCCCUUUAAAGCUAUUUUACUACUCUCACAACAUCCAACCACUGUAUAUUGUAAUUCUUUGUAAAAUAACACUUUGUAAAGCUGAACUAUAUGAGCAUUUCUCAUUUGAUGCUCCAGCCCCGUUCUCAAUAUUAGGUUGUCAAAUAGAGAUGCUUUUUCACGCCCCACACGACGUGUGAUAUCGACGCCAAAGGCUAUUUAUAGACCUCAGUUUGUCCUGUUUGAAGCCAAAAGUCAACGCUGUUUUAGUGUAACAUUAGCCUACAUAACUUCCAUACCUACUUCCCGUGAAAGUAAAAUGAUGUCAUUUUUGUACGAUCAUCAUGCAAUGAGGUAUUUAUGUCAUGUUUUCUUUUUCCCAAAACAUGAUAUUUUUGCUAAACCUAACCAAGAAGUUUUGUUGCCUGAACCUAAACACAACUACUUCACAGUAUAAGUGUUGUGUUCCAGCUGUGCGUCACAUAAAUAUGCUAAAUGGUUCCUUGUGCGUCGCUAUCACACGCCAAAGGGCAUAAAGAGUUGACAACCUAGGAAUGAGAACGAGGUGGAUGCCCCUGUGAGUGUGGUUCUGCUGGGUAAAAUUAGGUGAUAGUUGUUGUUUCACAGAUAUCAAGAGAAGAAAGGACAUGAACAUUUAUCUGCUGCUCUUGUUGUUGCUGCAGUUUGAACAAACAAAUUGUCUAGAGAUGACAGUAACUACUUAAAAACCUGAAUGAUGAAUGAAAUGGACAUGUUUUAUUAAAUGAAUCCAAUUUACCUCGAUUAUCUCUAAACAACGUCUUUGGUUAAAAAAAAAAAAAAAAAGGUAGUAAUUCACGGUUGCCUCUUUUCUGAAAGUCGUAUCAUGAUAACCGACAGAAAUGACAGUACAAUAAUAAAGUUAUAAAAAACAAAAAAAAUUACAUGUAAGCAAUUAUUUUGCAGAUUUAGUGAUGGAGGACCUUUUCUGCUUUCUUAACCUGAGGAGGAGGGAAAGAGAGAGACACUGAGACAGCCGGGAAACGAGAGACAGAAACUGGAUGGCAGUGAUCAUGAUUAAGAUAUGAAGCACUGAGACUGCCCUCACUGCUACACAGACUGGCUAUGGCAUUUUAAUAAGGGCACGACUUGCGUGUGUGAAUGUACGUGUGCGUGCUCCAUCACACAGACAGGCAUCACAUGAAACAUGCACACGAUCUAAUAUUAACCGUCCCUACACUAACAACGUACAUGUGGUCCUCUACCUUCGGUGGUACUUUGUGAUAUUUGUCUGUACGUUACCUUGUGUCUUUUCUCUGUCCCAGUAACCAUGUAUACCACGGCCCAGUGUGCAUCUCAAACCCCUCCCUGCUGUGUUUGUUGCUGUACUGAUCUCUUUUACAGUAGAGAUUUGUUUAUUCAAGAGAUGGAAAUUGAUUGGGAGAACAACUUUCCAAACGCGUAGGACAUUUUGGACAAGAGCUGUGUCCGACAAGUUGACAUGUGCAUAUUCACAGUCUGUGUAAUGAUCUGUACAGAGUAUGAGAUGUAAUUUAGCAGAAAUGUUUCUAGUUGCAUGCAGAAAAAUCACAAAAAAUAGUCAAUAAAGUACUUUUAGA